GAGGAAACAACAGCUUUGCACAAUAGUCGUGUUGAGUUUGCUUCCUUGCCGACGUGCACAGGACACGUUUGAGGACCCACACAAGCCCCCACCGUCGGCUGUGGUUCACGUGCGGGGACUCUCGGACACAGCCCUCGAGUCGGACCUCGUGGAGGCCGUGCGGCACUUUGGCCUAGUCAGCUUCGUGGUGAUGAUACCCAAGACGCGGCAGGCGCUGGUGGAGUUUGAAGACCCGGAGAGCUCCCGCAGCUGCGUCGACUACUCGUCCAAGGGCUCCGUCUACGUGUGCGGGCAGCCGGCCUACUUUAACUUCUCUACCAGCCAGAAGCUUUGGCGCCCUGGCGUCCCGGGGGACAACGGCAACAGCAACCACAUCCUGCUCUUCACCAUUCUCAACCCCAUCUACCCCAUCACCACGGAUGUGCUUUACAACAUUUGCAAACCAUUUGGGCCUCUGCAACGCAUUGUUAUCUUCAGGAAGAAUGGCCUGCAGGCCUUUGUGGAGUUUGUUUCGGUUGAGAGCGCCGAGAGAGCGAACUCAUCUCUGAAUGGAGCGGACAUCUAUUCGGGCUGCUGUACUCUUAUAGUGGACUAUGCAAGGGCGACGCGUCUGAAUGUGUUUAAAAAUGACUCUGAGACCUGGGACUUCACCAACCCUGGCCUCAAGCAAGGUAAGACCAAUAUUGAGCAUAUCAGAGCCGCGCUCUCUCGACAGCUGGUGGUGGAGCAUCUGCGAGCAUUGCCGCACACAGAAGCACACGGAGGCAAUUUGCAAGCAACACACGAGCAAUCAAGCGCCCGGCAGCCAACAGCCACCGACGUGAACGGCGACGACACGAACGGCGACAUUGGCGACAUCCUCGUCGGCACUUGGGAGGCACCGGGGACCAAGCAACCAACACGCCGCCGCCGCUGUGACACGCACGGCCGACCCGCGCCCCCCCACGCCUGCAGCGCCACGUCACGGAACACUCGGCGCAGCACGCCGCGUCCGCUGCACCGCAACCGCCACGUGCCGCUUGGCAGAGGCCAUCGGAUAACCCGCGUCCAGCCGCAGGCACCGGGGGACACGGCGCUGACAGACCGGCAAAGCACCGGCACCACCGCGAAGAAGCCGGGAGCGACGAAAGCCCGCAUUCACCGCGAACGGGACUUGGAAAUAAGCCGAACGGAACGCGUGCCGAUGCGUUUGGGGCUUAAAAUCGCUCCGUUGGUGAGAAUUUACCUCGACGCUCAGGACAAUGCAGUGAUGCCAGCGAAGCAAACGUCUCUCCUUGGCGACCAUCCCAAAGCACACGCUUGCGGUGGUGGCGACUGUGGAGGCCACCAGCAGCCACCACCACCGGGCGUCGACUACGGAUCUGGCGGCGACGGCAUGGGCGGUGGGGGAGGAAUGGGCAUGGGAGUAGGCAUGGGCAACCAGGUUGGGCCCCAGGGUGGUACCCAGGGCCAGCACGUGCAGGCCAUGAUGAACCAGCAGGCCGACAACAAGGUCCUCAUUGUGUACGACUUGGACGCCGAACGCUUCAACUGCGACCGCGUGUUUAACAUCCUCUGCCUCUUCGGCGACGUGGAGAAGGUUAAGUUCCUGAAGAGCAAGCCGGGAGCCGCCAUGGUCGAGAUGGGAGAUCAGUACGCCGUGCACAGGGCGGUUUUUCACCUCAAUAUGUCUCAGAUCUUUGGAAAUAAAAUCAACCUCUGCGUGUCGAGGCAGCGGUCGAUUGUGCCGGGCCAGGCGUUCGAGCUGCUGGACGGCACCGACAGCUACAGGGACUACGCAGGUUCUCACAACUACCGCUACGCCAACAGCGAGAAGGCGGCGAAGAACCGCAACCAGCGUCCCACCGCGGUGCUGCACUUCUUCAACGCGCCCACGGACAUCACGGCCGAGAUGUUCGCGCAGCUGUGCGACGAAAUGUCGAUUGCGAGGCCCCGCUCUUUCAAAGUGUUUUCUGGAAAAACCGAUAGGAGUGUGUCCGGCCUGACGGAGUGGGAGACCAAGAACGAUGCCAUGGAGGCUCUGGCGUGCAUUAACCAUCACCCCCUGAAGAACGCAAAUGUUCCAUACCUCUACACCCUCAAACUGUGCUUCUCCACUGCCCAGCCUUCAUAGAAGACAACUCAACAUGUUUCAUGCCGUAUUGAACGUCGGUGUCAACAUCAUUGUCACUUUGUGUACUAUUUGUGAAUGUCCCAUCACUCUUGUUGAAAGUUAACCGUGGGUAUAGGUCGAAAGUGCAAUUUGACGCGUUUACAUUUUAGUUGUCAUUUUUUGGAGGAUUAAUUUAGAUUUCUAUAUUGACUGCACCGAAAGAUUUUAAAGGUCGCAGUGGAAAUGAAGAAUGUUGAAAUUAAAAUAAUUAUGAUUAGUCUCCUUAACCUGCCGAGUUUGUCUGCCGUGUGCAUUGCUAUUUUGUCCAUGAGCCCCAAACCAGAUUUCACUUGGCAGUCCUCGGGUGCCGUAACUUUAGCGGCUCCAAUUAAUUUACAAUUUGGGGGGGUUCUCAACUUGCUCAUAGCCAAAGUUUUUGCUCCCACCACGAGUGAUGCUCCUUUCUUGCUGUAGCCCAUGGCACUAAUAUGCCCAUUUAAUUUCAUAACGGAGAGCUCUGAAAUAAAUGCCAAAGAGACCCUUUUGGGGGGGGGCUGGUAAAAAUAUACCCCGACUCAUUGAAAAUCCCAUUGAAAAACAUGGGUUGCCAUUCUGUACAGUGCGUGUAUUUAGCAGGUUAAUACGCUUGCAAAUAUAAACCCCAAGAGAAAAUAGAACAGUGUUUGAAAAUAAAAGUAUGGAGAGAUGCAUGUUUGACAUCGAACUGGAAUCGAUUGAACAUGAGCGUGGAGACAUGA